AUGACGAGUGGAAAUAUUAUGCCUAAGACUGAGCCUUGUAAUGAAUUGUUGAGUUUGUUUUCGAAAUUGAAUCGAACCGAGAGGGCUUGGGUUUUGUAUGCUGACAUGUUUGGGUUGAAGAUCAAGUCCAGUGUUUGUACUUUUAACAUCAUGAUUAAUGUGUUGUGCAAAGAAGGCAAGUUGAACAAGGCAAAGGAGUUUCUUGGGUUUAUGAGAUUUUGGGGAUUAAGCCAGCCUACUGUUGUUACUUAUAAUACUAUCAUUCAUGGGUUUUGUUUGAGAGGCAGAGUUGGAGGGGCUCAGAUGAUUUUUGGUGCUAUGAAAGGGAGAGGAGUUCAGCGGGAUUCUUACACGUAUGGAUUGCUUAUUAGUGGGAUGUGUAAGGAGAGAAGGCUUGAUGAAGCGUCUGGUCUUUUUGAUAAAAUGCUGGAAAUUGGGCUGCUUCCGAGUGCUGUUACUUAUAACACCCUGAUUGAUGGUUAUUGCAAUAAGGGUGACCUGGACAAGGCUUUCGGUUAUAGAGAUGAGAUGGUGAACAAGGGGGCUGCAGCUAGCAGUGUGGCUAGGCAAGCUGGCUACGGCUGCUGGGCUACUGGGCUGCAGGUCUGCGAGGCUGAUGGGCUGCGCGGAAAAAGGUGCGGCAGUAGCAAGGUUCGGCAGCAGGGGCUGGUGGGCUAG